AUGAGCGCCAGCGGGGCGGGCGGUAACAGUAGCAGCGGCGGCGCCGGCACGGGAGGGGGCGUCGCGGAGCCCGACCCCAGCCCCGCGGCGCCCGCGGCGCUCCCCCCGCCGCCGCCUCUCGCCGCCUCCGCCGGGGACGCGGGCGCCAAGGGCAGCCCGGGUCCCCCCCCGACGCCGUCCGGCCGCUCUCACGCGUCCCCCCCCGCAGGGCUCGCCGCCGCCGCCUCCCUGGCGCAGCCCAUCGAGGGGCCGCCGCCGCCGCUGCCCAACGGAGUCUUCGCGCCGCCCGCGGGCGCCGCCAACGGGGACGCCAAGGCCGCCGCCGCCGCCCCUCCGCCCGGCUCGGCUUCGUCCGGAGCGCCGCUGGUAGACUUCCUGCUGCAGCUGGAGGACUACACGCCCACGAUCCCGGACGCCGUGACCGGCUACUACCUGAACCGUGCCGGCUUCGAGGCGUCGGACCCGCGCAUCAUCCGGCUUGUCUCGCUGGCGGCCCAGAAGUUCAUCUCGGACGUGGCCAACGACGCCCUGCAGCACUGCAAGAUGAAGGGCACGGCCUCCUGCAGCUCGCGCAACAAGAGCAAGGACAAGAAGCACACACUGACCAUGGAGGACCUGGCCCCUGCGCUGGCCGAGUACGGCAUCAACGUUAAGAAGCCCCACUAUUUCACCUAAGAACCCCUCCCUCCCCCACCCCGUUCCUCAUUAAAGUCCCUUCCUCGCUC